UGGUGGAAGAAACAGGUGACAUUGUUAAGGUAGCCAAUUGUUCAGAGACGUCCGAGAUGUGCUGCCUUUUUAGUGGUGUUCUUCGUUAGACAACAUGAAUCCGUGUCCAGAGAGGUGUACCCUCACGCCUAUCCAAGAGAGUGAGGAGUCUGCUGAAGAGAGUCAGAGCAGCUUUGGCAUCCUGCACAGUGAACUGCCCACACCAACUCCCACAGGGAAACCCACUGGCUGGCAAUCUCCAGAUGAUGAGCCUUUCAGUUCCCCACAGUCCUCACCUGUGGAGCCGGGGGACUGUAGCUCCACUUCAGAGGCAGAACAUGGGAAGUCUUCACAUGAGCAUGUACUUAGUCAGCACAGUGUCCUCCAUCAGCAACCUACAGAGUCACCUGCAGCGCCACCACCACGCGAGACAGCCAAGCGUCCAACCAAGAGGAGGAGAGCCAAGACCGAUGGAGAGGCUAAAAGCCAGAAGCGGCCUGCGAAACAAAGAGGUGCCUCCACACCACCGCAGCCCCCUCUACCCCUCUGGCUUGUUAGCCUGAUGCAUAACAUUGAGGAGGCCACUCACUAUGAACUGCUGAUAGAAUAGGUUUGAUGGAAGAUUGAAGAAGAGGUUGAGAGAUUUCACAGAGGUUUCAGGUUUCACAGAUUAAGCUCAUUCUUUUUUUUUUAUAUGCCCAUACUAUGUAUCGUCAAUCUUUUUGUAAAGGUCAGACAUUUUUAUUAUUUGUACUGUGUGUGUAGAUUUGUUGGUCUCGCUGUCACCUGUAAUAACUACACAAAAAAUGGGUAGCCUGUGAACAUUCAGUUUUGAGCAGCGUGUCAGGUCUCAUUCAUUACACUGCACCUUACUUGGUACUCUUUCUGUUAAAUAAUACAUGUUUUUAAGUAUUAUGUUAUUGUAGGAGUACUGCACAGGCUAAAAAUAAUAAAAGAUUCAAUAUGAUAUUUGAGUAACA